CACGAGGAACGCCGACGACCUUCGACCUGUUCGAUUCGCCAGCCGGACAAGACGUGACGCUCUCGCCGCAGACGUUCACCAACUCGACAGAGCCCUUCGUCAAUGACAGCUCGGACAGCAUGGGCGUUCCCAACGAAGGACCCGACCCAGUUUCCUCGACGGACGACAAGAAGGUCGUGUCCACGUCCACAUCCACGUCGGACGUCGUGAAGUUGAGCGUGAAGAGGUCCAGACCGAAAGCGGCUUCGCCGAACCGUCAAGGUCCUCAGCAGUGCCAGGUGUGCGCCAAGGUUUUCGGUAACGCUUCAGCACUGGCGAAGCACAAGCUGACGCACAGCGACGAGAGGAAGUACGUCUGCAACAUGUGCGGCAAGGCCUUCAAACGUCAGGACCAUCUGAAUGGUCACAUGCUGACGCAUCGGAACAAGAAACCGUACGAGUGCAAGGCCGAAGGAUGCGGGAAGUCGUACUGCGACGCCCGAUCGCUCCGAAGACACACGGAGAACCAUCACAGCUCUUCAUCGUCGUCGUCUUCGUCGUCAUCUUCUUCGUCGUCUUCCUCCUCGUCUUCGUCGUCCUCAUCAUCCUCGUCAUCGUCAUCUUCGUCGUCAUCAUCAUCGUCGUCGUCGACGCCGUCGCCGCCGACCUUCUCCUCAGGUACCUCAACCUCUGCAGGUUUAUCGACGACGACGACGACAACGACGACGUCGAGCAUCACAUCUGCGACGACGACGACGACGAGCACGUCUUCGAAGACGACGUCGCCGCGAUCCUCGCCAUCUGUCGCAUCGACAGCAACAGCUUCGAAGACGACGUCCACCUCAACCACCGUGAACUCCCUGUCACCAGCGCAGGGAGCAGCGGCAGGAGACGCAGCCUCUCCGCACGGAUCCAGCUGCAUCCAAUACGCGCCUCCACCGACCACCUCCACCAGCUCCACAAACUCCAACAAGAGCCAUCUUCAGCAACUGCUGGCCACAGAACCAGUAAAGAGCGUGAACGGAAGCGGCGGCAACAACGACGGCCUCACCAAGCAGCAACUCGACCUGAUACACCAGAUCAUGGAGCAAACUCAGAGACAGUCGCACGGUCAUCAGCCGCAACCGCAGUCACAUCACGCACCAUCGAAAUCCUCCAGGUCGAAAUCCUCGAGCAAAAGCUCCAGCAAGAGCCAGAGGGCUUCAUCGAGUUCGAACAAAGGGUCGAGUAACAGCAACAGUUCGACGUCCAGUUCGACAACAUCUUCGUCGACGAGUUCGAAGGUGAGCUCCAGCAGCAACUCGACAAGCACGACGACGGUGGCGAAGGCCGACCAGAAACCGGUCGAGUGCAAUCUCUGUCACAGGAAGUUCAAGAAUAUACCGGCUCUGAAUGGACACAUGCGUCUCCAUGGAGGUUACUUCAAAAAG